AUGAGUAAAUCAUAAAAAGAGGAUAAUUUGAAGUCUUAAAUAGAGACUGAAAGAGAAGAUAAAAAAAUUUGUGGGAUUGUCAAUUUCACAUUCAAAUUUCGAGAAGGUGAAUAAUUAGAAUACAAAGUUGAUGAUUGCUUGAUAGAAAAUCAUUACUUGAUAGAUGGCGAUUCCAAAGAUUUUAUUUGUCCAGAUGAUCUGAAUAUUAAUUAUUGUUAUUUAAAUGAACAAGGAGAAUAAAUUUAGUUAGAUGUAGAAGACUAUGAGAUAGAUAAUAUUUCUGACCUUGAUAGUAGUUUUUAGUAACAUCAAGGAGAAACUUCAUUUUUUUUUGUAUAAUAUAUGGUAAUAAGUCCAAAUCAUUAAUUUAUAUUUUUAUGUGUAGAUAUAAAAAUGGUAAAUUAGAAAGAGUCAUAUAGAAUGAUAGUAAUUGAUAUUAAGAAUUAAGAGGUUAGGAAAUAAUUUUACAUAAAUUAUUUUAUAGGAUAACAAAAACCAUAAUUUUCAAAUGAUGGUAAUGUUGCAAUUAUAGAUAUUUCUAAAAAUGAAAAAGGAUCAAGAUAUUUAUUUUUUGAUCUUUAAAAUGAUUGUUAAAAUGUUUCAAUCUUUCAAUUUGAUUAACAUUUAUUACGGAUAGAAUAUGAUGAGAAAUCUAAGUGUUUUUUUUAUAUACAAUCAGAUGGUGAAAUAAUUAAAUAACCAAUCAAUUUUGAAGAUUACACAAUUGAUUAAUCUAAAUGUUAGAAAUUUCAGAUCUGUCCAAUAUUAAAUAAAUAUCUUGAUUACAAUAUUCGGUUUUAUUUACUUUAUGAUUCUAUUGGGCUUCUUUUGGAUGAUUAUGGUUUAUUUAUUAUUAUUAGAAUGGGAGAAAAUUGUAAAGUCCUUAGGAAUUAUAACUAUGAAUCUUAUCGUCCAGUGUAUAUACUUAAUAAGGCUUUUGUUAUUGCAUCCGAUUACGAUAAGAAUAUUCUCCUUUUUAUAGAUAUUUUAAAAGGAAAAUUAAUAAGAAAAAGUGAAUUUACUUAAAGACCAAAUAAAUACUAAUAUUAUUAUCCUCCAAAAAAAUCUUAUUAUAUUUCUUAUCUAUUUUAUUCCCCUUAAGAAGAAAAUAGUGAUUUUGAAGAUUGGAAUAUGAUGAGGCCUUAAUUAGAAAAGAGAUACAAAUGGAUAAUUUUUGAUGUAAUUAGAGGAAUUGAGAAAGAAGUCAAUAAAACAAUAUUAACUUAGGAUGAUAUAAAAAGAUCUAUAUUUACGCACGAUUUUGUAGCUUAAACAUAUAAAAAUAAAGUUAGUUUUCAGCUUAAAUUAUGA